AGAGAAUUUCGUCGUGUUGUGAUAAACUUUUUUUUACAUGCGAUGCAGUGGGUGGAAUGUGAGUUUUGCUGUGCUUUUCCAACGUGAAUAUAUCGAAGAUUUGAUCGUCAGAUUUAUGAAUAGCUUAAAUUGAGAGCGUGAUCAUGAGUUACCCACCACCACCACCAGGGGGAGGUUACCCCCAGCAACCAGCCUAUCCACCACCAGGAGUAGAGGCUAGCCCAGCAUACCCCCCUGGGGGACAGGCAUACCCACCACCUGGGGGCCAGGCAUACCCGCCACCAGGGGGUCAGGGAUACCCACCACCAGGGGGUCAGGGAUACCCACCACCAGCGGGUCAAGCCUACCCUCCUCCUACCCAACCAGGAUACCCAGGGGGGCCAGCAGCACCUCCUCCUUACGGAGCCCCACCUCAUGCAGGGCAGGGUUAUGGAGUAGGGGUGCCUGGAUACCAAGUUGCUGGAGGAGUGCCUGGAACUGUUCACUAUGGUGCACUAGGUGGUCAGGUCGGAGCUGUGGGGGCCCAUGGUCAUCAUAAGAAGCCAAAGAAAGUAAAGAAGAUGAAAGUGAAGAAACACAAACACGGCAAGAAGUCUUCAUCAAGUUCCUCUUCCUCCUCCUCUUCGUCGUCAAGCUCCAGCGAUUCGGACCAUCAUGGCGGCUUGUACGGAGGCCACAAGGUCAAGGUCAAGAAGCACAAGCACAAGAAAGAUAAACACUACAAGUACUAACUUUGACGUUAUUGCAUGUUACAUGUAGGUAUUGGUGAUUACAAGUGGCGCAAUCAGGAGGCGUAAGCCAGGCCAUGAAAUAACAAACGGCACCCACAGCAAUAAGCCUUUUGGAGGUAUGGCGGACCCCUUGCACGCACUUUACUCGGGGCGACUGCGAGUAUCGCUCACCAUGUUGGUGGGCAUUAGGUUUACGUGUAAACGCCGGGUCGCCUAAAAUGCGCACUUCACUGAAUAAC